UUCUCUCUUCGGACGCGGUGUUAGUGUGUGUGGACAGAGGAGUCAUGGCUCAGCGCUCUGUGUGGUGUGUGUUUGCUCUGCUAGCACUGCUGCUGCCUCUGGAAGUCCUGUGUCAGGGAGACUUAGACCUGUCCGAUGCUCUUCCUGCUGAUGAUGAAGACAGUAAAUCAUUGACCCCAACACCAAAACCAGGAGCACCAGCAGCACCAGCAGGUGGACCAGGAGGAGAGUUGAAACUUGAUGACUUCUUUGAUGACCCUGUCACCACCAAAGCUCCACCCAAGGUUGUGCCUAAGCUCCCUGUAGCAACCAAAGCCCCAAUCAAGCCCAAACCUAAGCCAGCUGCUGAUGAGUUUGACCUGGCUGAUGCCUUGGACCCCAAAAAUGACAUUGGUGGCAAGGAUAAGAACAAGGGGCAGGGAGGAGGAUUGUCAGACAGUGACCUGGCUGACGUUGGCAAAGAUGACACCUACAAACCUGAUAAAGGCAAAGGUGGACGGCCCAGUGGUGACAGUGAUCACAUUAACCAGUAUGAUGACAACAGUGAGACCACAGCAGAGGUGGGAACCAUUGCAGGGAUCGUUAGUGCUGUUGCCAUGGCGCUAGUAGGUGCAGUCACCAGCUACAUCUCCUACCAGAAGAAGAAGCUGUGCUUCAGUAUACAGCAGAGUCUGAACACUGACAUGGUGAAAGCUGAGAACCCUGAAGCUGUGGUGGCUACAGAACCACAAGUCCAACAGACUCUCCUGGAGCCACCCAACGCUGAACCCCCCACUGAAGAGAAUGCUGUGUAACUCACUCACACACACACACACACACACACACACACACACACACACACACACA